GCCACGUGGGAACAACAUGGAAGCCGACAGAUUACACUUCCACGAGAUGGGUUUGGAUGAUCGCAUUUUAAAGGCAAUAGCUGACCUAGGAUGGGCCCAGCCAACGCUUAUUCAGGAGAAAGCCAUUCCAUUGGCUUUAGAUGGAAAAGAUCUUCUAGCCAGAGCUCGAACAGGUUCAGGAAAGACAGCUGCCUAUGCUGUGCCUGUGAUCCAGCAGAUCCUUACCUCCAAGCAGACGGUAAGAGAACAGGCGGUAAGAGCUUUGAUCCUUGUACCCACCAAAGAGCUGGGCCAACAAGUACAGGCCAUGAUUCGUCAGCUCACUGCUUACUGUGCGAGGGAUGUCCGGGUGACUGACAUCUCUGGUAAAGCAGAAAUAUCAGCACAGAGGCCUAUUCUGAUGGAAAAGCCAGAUAUUGUGGUGGGAACUCCGUCUAGGGUGCAAGCUCACAUCAAUGCUCAGAACUUAGUGCUGCACUUUUCUCUGGAGAUGCUGGUCAUCGAUGAAGCUGAUCUCCUCUUUUCUUUCGGCUUUGAAGCUGAUCUUAAAAACCUUAUUUGUCACUUGCCUAAGAUCUACCAGGCUUUUUUAAUGUCUGCUACACUCAAUGAUGAUGUUCAGGCCUUGAAGGAGCUGGUUCUACAUAAUCCAGUUACUCUGAAGCUGCAAGGCUCCCAGUUGCCGGACAGUUCCCAGUUACAGCAGUACAGUGUAAAAUGUGAGGAAGAAGACAAGUUCCUUCUCAUCUAUACUCUCCUUAAACUGGGCCUAGUUCGAGGCAAGACGCUCAUAUUCGUCGGCAGUCUGGACCGCUGCUACAGGCUUAAACUUUUCUUGGAGCAGUUUAGCAUUCCUUCCUGCGUUCUUAACUCGGAACUUCCUGUUCACUCCAGGUGUCACAUCAUAUCCCAAUUCAACCAGGGAUUUUAUGACUUCAUCAUUGCCACAGAUGAGCAGGGCCUUGAUAAUCCAGCUUCUCAAUGUGCCCAAAGCAAAGGAAAGAAGAAAAAUACAGCAAAGAGUAGAACAGGUAAAGAUAAAGAAUAUGGUGUAUCCAGAGGCGUUGACUUCCAGAAUGUGGCGAACGUCAUUAACUUUGACUUUCCCACCUCUGUUGAAUCCUACAUCCACCGAGUUGGAAGAACUGCAAGAGCUGACAACCCUGGCACCGCCCUCACCUUCGUCUCCCAUUUAGAGAUGUCACUACUGGAGGAGGUGGAGGGUGCUCUUACUGGAGAUAGUGGAAACUGCACCCUGAAGCCAUACAAGUUUAAAAUGGAAGAAAUUGAAGGAUUUAGAUACAGAUGUCGGGAUGCGAUGCGGUCGGUGACCAAGCAGGCAGUGAAGGAGGCCAGAUUAAAGGAGAUUAAACAGGAGCUGCUCAACUCUGAGAAGCUGAAGACCUACUUUGAGGACAAUCCCAGAGAUCUUCAACUGCUCAGACAUGACAAAGACCUUCAUCCUGCCAUCGUUAAACCCCACCUGAGAAACGUGCCGGAAUAUUUGAUUCCAGCUACUAUGAAGAAUCUUGUCAAUCCUCUUUCACGGUGGAAAAAGAAGCAAAAGCCCAACCCAAAGGGAGUCAUGAAAACUGCUUUUAAGAAAAACAUAAGAGGCAAGAACCCACUCAAAAGUUUCCGCUAUAAUAGGAAAAGUGGCGGCGGGAAGCAGAAGAGCAAGUGUUAAUGUACAUGAACUGAUCUGGAGCCAAGAACGACAAGUUCAGACUGCACACACAAUGGAGAAUUUGGGAUAUUACUGCUUAAUAAUCCCUGCAAUAAGAAACUGGAUCAUACAUCUAUGUUGAAUGCUUGGAUACUAGGGAUGGAUUUAACAGAGUAGAAAGGAUUCUGACUGUUUCACUAUUUCACUUCCCUGCAUUGUGAACAUUUAAGCUUCUCCCUUUCGUCAGGAACAUACUGCUUCUAAUUUCAACUGCCAUAAUUUCCUGCCAUUUAUAUGUAAAUAAAUGUUUUCUCAAAA